AUGACUGAGCUCCCGCUCGCCGACCGCCUGAAGCUGCUGCAAUCAAGACAGUCAGGAAUAAGGUCAAUUGCGUCCUCGCGGAAACGCAAGCUGCGGGAACUCUUCGCCGUCGCGGCCGAUGAGGAUGGGAUUCCCAACUACGACUCCAGCGAUCCGGACGCGCCGACAGCCACGCCCGCCGAGCAAAAUUUUCUGAACGAAUCCGACAUUCUGCAGGGCCGGCGAUUCGACAAGCUCACCAUCCCGGCGCGCCGGAAGGCCUUGUUCGAUGCACAGCGACUCCGCGCGAUAUGUGCUUCAGCGACAAUCGAAAACGUAUCCCUGAAGGCCUCCGCCGACGCAAAUAAUAAUGAAUUCCGACCCCCUUGCUACACCAAUGGUACGAAAGCCGACAAACCGACGACGUAUCUCGAGAAGGACAUACAACAUCCAUCACCACGGGCCGCCGUCAACGCGUUGCCUGCUGACCGGGGAGCCACUUCUGCGGCUCAGCCGUCAGGUAUAGCCCCAAAGGCACACGAUGACAACCUCCAGAGAGUCCAAGCGGAGGAAGCGCCCGCUCGUUUGGCAAACCGUGGCCAGGUUAAUGGUGUCACUGCUAGUCACGCAUCUGCAGAUGGUACGUCGACUGCGUCGGCUCCGGAUCUGCCGUCACAAGCUUCGGCCACCGUCCCACAGAUUCCUCGCAUCGAUGUCCAAACUUCCCGAGCCGACCAGCACCCGAUGCAAUCAGAGGCCGACGAAAAGCGAAAUUCCAACGACACCGAGCCGAUCGCGCCUGACCAACCACCGUUUGCAACGGGAACAACUCACCGCCAUGAUACACUGUCGUCCCCCGGCUCUACUACCCAGUCGAUGUUGACCCCUGCUAUCCACGAUGUCUCCGCAGACACAAGCCCCGAUAGCGAAGCAGCGCAGUAUUCAGAAAGAGCCGAGGAGAUCUCUGGGGAUAAACUGCAGGGAGACCGUAGGUUGGAGGUGGGGGGAGCUGGGGUCGCCGAAGGUGUCUCUUCGACGGCCCCUCCAGCGCUGGCUACGUCCCUUCCGACCCCGAUCAGUGGCGUGGAAGCGCAGCUGCUUCAGGAAUCAGCAGCAGCUCAGCUCAGUCAAUCGUUCGAUUCUCCAACCGUUGCUCUGCCGCCUCGUAGCGAGCCCGAGGAGAUUAUACAGGCAGCGACGGACCGGGCCCGAAAAGAAACCCUCGGUGAUAGCAUUGUCGACAAACAGCAGGUUGAGUCAACCACGGCGCCUGUGGGCAGCCGACAGCAUGGUCAGUUGUUAUCGGGUACCUCGACUGGGCCCUCGAUGACACCACACAAUGCUGGCGUGGAAGGCCAAGACGAAGAGGAUGAAGGUACAUCGACCCUUAUGGAUGUCGACAAACCGGAGGGCGCCGCAGCCGAAAACGAAGACUCCACCGGUGUUGGCCUGGCACGGCAAUCUCACCCUACAGCAACAGUCACCUCAACCUCCUGGGAUCCAGAACAUCGAGAAUCUAAUCCCCCCACAGAACCUUCGAGGCCAGUUCCAACACGUGCCACCCAGGACGGAGCAAUCGUCCCCCAGGCGCAUCCCACCCAGCUCACCUUGCAUACUGGCAAGACGCACCACAGGCGGCGAACAAGCACACCAACUGUUAUUUUCGGCAGGCAAGGCAAGCAAGGCAAACAAGGCAGAAGGCAGAAAUCGUUAGACGAUGGGACGGUCGUUGUCGGCCAGCAGCAAUCGGGACACAUUCCAUCGGACGACUAUUUCACGCCCCUUUUCAUAGAGGGCUUCACGAGGCAGUCGACCUGGAUGAAGCCCAUCGAAAAACUCAUCAACCACGCUCACAAAACGAUAUCGACAACCGACCAGUAUAUCUCGAUGUUAGAUCACCAAGCUUGCAAAAUACUACGUAGAGUCUAUCAUCUUCAGCAACACGACAAGUGGUCUCUGAGGCAACCGGUUCGAUGCUCAGAGCCGACAAGACCAGCGUCUCACUGGGAUGUCCUCCUCCAGGAGAUGAAAUGGAUGCGAACCGAUUUUCGUGAGGAGGGCAAAUGGAAACGAACAGUUGCACGAAAUCUCGCCCAUGCGUGUGCUGAAUGGGUUCACUCGGACCCGGCAGAGCGGUUGAUGUUACAGGUCAACGCGGUAAUCCCACCUCGGCCGGUAGAGGUAGAGGUGAAGGGGGCGAACCGAGGCCGGUCCGAGGCCGCGGACGAUACUCUGCCCGAUUUAGUCCAUACCGACUCGCCAACCGAAAACGAAGAUGAGCUCCCUGAAAUCUUGGUUGAUUGCGUGGCCCCGGCAGCCAUUUUCGCCCUCCCAGAUGAUGAGGUGGUCUUUGGGCUCCAGCCCUCGAAAACGGCCGACCUCCUCCUCGAAAACCUUCCAUUGCAUGGUUCACCGCUCGCGGUCCCAAAGUUUGACGUCUCGGACACGGACUAUGACCCCGACGCCAAGUGGAAACGACCCGCGGUGCCGCUGAGCAAGUACGUGGAAGGCGAGAUGGUGCUAGCGAACGAUGGGCCACCCCGCAAGCGGCGCCGAUACGACUAUCUCGCCGAAGACGACGGCUACGACGACGACGACCACGACAUAAUAUUUGGGCGUGAACCCGACAACGGUGGAGAGCUGCAGGCGGCGAAUGCGGCGGUUGCAUUGUUCAGUCCGGAGAUGAAGGGGAUCCGGGACCGCUUACAUGCGGGUCACCAGUUCCGGCCACCCACUGAGCAUGCUAUGCCCCCCCAGAGCUUCUUUGAGAGCCGAACAGCGUCUCAGUGGACAUGGGCCGAGGAUGAGCAGCUGAAGUCCCUUGUCCGCGAAUGUUCAUAUAACUGGUCGUUGAUCUCCGCUAUGGCAUCAACCGUGUCCGCCUUCGCAUCCGGAGCGGAGCGGCGCACACCAUGGGAAUGCUUUGAGCGAUGGGUGAGCCUCGGGAGCUUGGAUGGCCUGCCGAAUGACAUGGCUAGGACUCCGUACUUCAAGGCCUAUCAAGCCAGGAUCGACGCAGCCCAGCGAGCCAUUGCGCAGCAAAAUCAAAAUGCGCAGCAGCAAGUCGGGCCCAACGGUGCGGUCGCGCCAAUCCCGAGGCGACGGCCGACCACGAGCAUCCGGGUCGAGCGGCGCCGCAAUCAGAAGCACCUGGCGUUGAUUGACGCUAUGCGAAAGCUGGCCAAGAAACGAGAGGCAACGGCUCAAAAGGCUCAGCAGGCAGCGAACCUGGCAGCGAUGCGUAAGGCCAACGAGGUGCCUAGACAGCAGAUUCAAAACAAAACGCCGCGGGAUUACAGCAUCAUGAGGUGGGAACGAGACCAGGCGCUCGCGGAAAGGAUGGCUGCGUACGCCAUUCGGCAGGCGGACGCCAAUGCACGGAGAUUGAAGCAAAAUCACCCGGGUCAAGUACCAGGCACCCCCGGUGCAGCCGCUGGCCCUCAGACUGCUGCCCAGAUGGCUACCACAGGCUCGACCAACGGUGCUGCUCGCCUCAACGUCCCCGGACAGCUUGCCACGGCCGCGCAAAACCGCACCCCCGGGCGGGUGUCGAUGCCGGCAACCCCAGGGCCAGUUCCUGCGGCUGUACAAGCACGGAUUGCCGCCGGUGGCCUUGUUCCGCCGCUCCAAAUGACAGGGAUACCGCAGGCUCAGCUUCAAGCGAUGCAAGCUGCACAGCAUAGGCUACCCAUGGUCAAUCCACAGCCGGAUAUCGGGGUCAUGCUUCAAGCAAGGUCGAUACAGAACCAGCAACGAGUGGCUAUCCAGCAACUGCAACAGCAGCAACAGCAGCCGCAGCAACAGCAGCAACAACAGCAGCAACAACAACAACAGCAGCAGCAGCAGCAGCAUCCCCUUCCACCUCAGCAACAGCACAAUGCACAACACGCACAACAGCAGGUUUCUCAGCAGCAACAGUCGCAGACCAACCAGCAAACACCACAACUGCCGCAAUCGAACGGGACGCAAGGUUCACCAACGCCAUUGCGCAGUGUGGCCAAUGGUGUCAACCAGGGGGCAUUCCUCAACAAUGCGCAGGCAAUGAUGGCGUCGUUUGGGGCGGCCAAUGGGGCUGGUUUGGUGACUUCGCCGGGUGCUGGACUGAGCAUGCCCGCCAUGGCGGGUCGGGGUCCCGGAGGCAUCCUGAACCAACAUAUUACACAGCGACUUGCUGAACUCGAAGCGCAUUACCGAACUAAGAACCCGAAUCUGCCACCUGAGACCGUACGGCAACUGGCCACUGAGCACCUGGGUAGGAUGAUUGUGCAAAGCCAACAGCAGGCGGCUAUGAACGCGGCUGCAGGAGGAGUCGCGCAACAGUCGAUGAAUAGCCCACAUCAAUAUGCCUCGCUGCUCCGAGCGCAGCAGCAAGCCCAGGCACAGCAGGCGGCCCAGCAGCAAGCCCAGCAAGCGGCACAACAGGCCGCCCAGCAACAGGCGGGACAGCAUCAGAGACAGUCUAGCGGAAGUGUAACGCCGGGGCCUGGGAAAUAG